AUGAGGCAACGAAGAUGGGUCAAGCUGUUAAAUUAUUAUGAGUGUGAGAUCAAAUACCAUCCAGGAAAGGCUAACGUGGUAACUAAUGCCCUAUGCCGAAAGGAGUAUUCAAGUGGUCGUAUGAAGGCCCUAUCAAUCACCAUCCAAUCGCAUCUAGCCUCACAGAUCAAGGAAGCCCAAUUGGAUGCAUUGAAGCCGAAGAAUGUCGCUAGUGAAUCACUACAUGGAAUGGAGAAGGAGCUAGAAGUUAAAGACGACGGAACUCACUACUUCAUGAAUAGAAUCUGGCUUCCGAAAGUUAGCGGAUUCAUAGAAGUAAUCAUGCAUGAAUCCCACAAGACGCAAUAUUCUAUUCAUCUGGGGUCAGAUAAGAUGUAUUUGGAUAUCGAGCAACAAUAUUGCUGGCCUAACAUGAAGGCAGAGAUAACCACUUUCGUAGAAGAGGAAGAAGAAGUAGAAGUGAAAGAGGUUGUUAAAGAAGAAGAAGAAAUUGAAAAGGCUGACAAUGAAACUAUAGAGGAAGUGAUAUGGGUUAAUGAAAGAGAGGUUGAGCCACCCACUACCAUUGAGAAACUAACUCCAUUGGUAGACCAACCACAAGAGCCAGAAGCGAUAAAUUUGUCGGACUUUUCAAAGGAUACGUGUAGUGAAGGUGCAUCAGGAAGUAAAACUCCAGAAAUAUUGGCCAAAUUGCAGAUUGAUGCUGCUAAGCCUGUUGCAGAAGUUUUUUAA